AUGGGAUCAAUAUCCAUCGAUCUCACAGACGCUGUCAACGAGAAUGAUAUGGCCAAAUGUAAUCAUUUCUCCAUACGUGGAUACGUAGCUGAGGCAUUUGAGAAUGAUAUGACACAAUGCUGGCCGUUCUCGAAGAAGAGUUAUAGGUUGAUGGAGCAAGGAAUCUAUCCUCUUCCUCCUUUGUCUGUUCCAAAUGAUAGACGGCAUGAUUGCACGAGCUGCAUCAGAGAUAUUCUUGCUGGUAGGCCAAAAGAUCCUGAACUGCGUUCAUACCCAAGAAAUAGAAGCCGGAAAAGCGUCCCUAGAAGAUCUUCCCCUGGUCCAAGCAAUAGGAAUGCUCUAGCUGUCGUUGCAGGUAACGCUGUUGAGCAGAAUGAGAAUCAAAACCCUGAAAGAUCUCAACAAGCAACUGCUGAGGAGAAUGAAAUUGUAAUCUGCGCUAGAAGGUCUUCCCCUAGUCCAAGCAAAUUGAAUGCUCUAGCUGUCGUUGCAGGUAACGCUGUAGAAGAGGAUGCGAAUGUAAACAGUGGAAGAUCUCAGCAAUAUGAUCUUACUACUGUCGAAGAGAAUGAGAAUGUAAUCUGCGCUAGAAGUUCUUCCCCUAGUUCAAGCAAAAUGAAUGCUCUAGCUGUCGUUGCAGGUAACGCUGUAGAGGAGGAUGAGAAAGACGAUCACACAAAUGUCGAGGAGACUCCGAAUGUGAACUGUGAAAAACAGCAGAAAGAUGAUCGUACUCGUACAGCUUCAACGUCUCUCAAGAGAGUUCGUCCUUCUCAUACCGUUAGGAACAAGAGCAAAAAGCUCGAGAUCCGGGAGCCGGCAGGCAACGAGAGAUCUAAAGCAAAAGCAAACAAAGCACCAAAGGAUGUUAGCCGCCGGAAAGACAAACAAAUUAUGGUUGAGGAGGCUGUGUCAUCUGAGAUAGCUGGUGUGGCUGAGGACACACCGCCUGCGGCAACCAAGAAACGUAAAGGCGAUAAUGUGCCAUCGGAGAGUAUAGAUCCUGACAUGAGUGAGCCGCAGCCUAAGAAAGCUCGCAAGUCUCGUCUGAUGAGCGAUUUGGUUGGUGGAGCCAAGAGAAAAGCCAGUGCUGGUCGUAAGCCGGUUAGAGGUAGAAAGGGAAAGAUGCUCCCUCAAGCCAGCCGGAAACUGAGCUGUGGCAGCGAGUCAACUGAGAGUGGGUCUGAAAGGGAUCCCAUCAAAGGCAAGCAAAGAAACAAGAAGUUUCAAGUGGUUGACGUGAGCGACACAGAUCACGGUGAUAGUAGUUUUCUAUCGGUUCCUUGUCCUCCGAGUAAGAAGAGAACAAAGAGGAAGCAGAUUGUAGCCAAGAGGAAUAGUAACAAGGUGGUAGCUGAUAAAGCGAAGAGUACCGGAACGGAUGAAGGAACUUUGGUUAAACCGCGAACCGGUCCUUCCACAAACGCAAUUUCUCAACCUACUCUAGAUUUAUCAAAUGAGGUUGACGACCGUUUGGCGGAGAAUGAUCAUGGUUCCUCUUCUAAAUCCAACACUGGUGAAGUGA